AGGAAGGAUGAAAGGAUGACUGAGAGGAUAUUGAGCCUUACACUGGAGAUCAUCUACUUGGUGACCGGAGAGAGUACUGGUUAACCUUGUAGAAGGACUUUUUAAUCUCCCCUGAUUAUUUUAUGAGGCUGCAUAAACCCUGAGAACAAAAUUGACAAGAAGAUACUAGAGGUCACCAACAAGAUCAUUGAGCUGCUGACAGAAGAGGUUCCUAUAAGGUGUCAGGAUGUCACUGUCCAUUUCUCCAUGGAGGAGUGGGAGUAUUUAGAAGGACACAAGGACCUCUACAAGGACGCCAUGAUGGAGAACCGGCUGCCCCUCACAUCACCGGAUGGAUCCAGUAAUGGGAACCCACCAGAGAGAUGUCCCCGUCCUCUGUAUUCCCGGGACUCCACACAGGAACAUCAGGAGAUCCUCAAGAGGAUCAGAAUGAAGAUGGAAUUAACAUUAUAGUUAAAACUGAGGAUGAAGAAGAACCAUAUGUGAUGUGUGAUGAUCCAUGUGAGGAGGAGGAGAUCCCUCCAGAGAUCAGCACAGACCCCGGAGACACUCAGAGAAACAUCAGCACAGAGGAGGAGGAAAUAACUGAAGUGAAAAUCAAAGAAGAGGACAUUCCUAUAGAGAUCAGCACAGAUGGACAGUAUAGAAGGUACCAGAUAAAGAGACCUCUUCCUAUCUCUCCAGAGGGUGAAGUAGAAGAUAACAUCACAUCUGGUUCUUCAGAGGAAAACCGCAUUAGCCCAAAUCUUCUCCAUUCACUUCACAGUGCCCAUACUGAUCCCUCUACACUUGGUAGGAGUUUGCCUGACCACCCCCAUCUCACUCCUUAUGAAGGGAAUAAAAUAUUGCAGGGUUCGGAGAACAACUCUUUAACCCAAAAAAUUGAACCCACGUACACGUGUUCAGAAUGCGGCAAAGUUUUUUUCACAAAAUACAAACUUGCCAUCCACCAUAGAAUUCACACAUUGGAGAGGCCGUACUCCUGCUUGGAAUGCGGCAAAUGUUUUACUUGGAAGGAGGUGCUCGUGAGGCACCAGCGAGUCCAUACGGGGGAGAAGCCAUUUUCCUGUUCGGAAUGUGGGAAGUGCUUUGCUCAGUUAUCACACCUCACUUGCCAUCAGAGGACUCACACGGGGGUGAAGCCUUAUUCCUGUUCUGAAUGCGGGAAAUGUUUUACCCGGAGGGUUAAUCUUCUCGCACACCAGAGGAUCCACACUGGCGAAAAGCCGUUUUCUUGCUCGGAAUGUGGGAAAUGUUUUAGGCACAAAUCAGGCCUUGCCGAGCAUAAGAGAACUCACACGGGGGAGAACAUAUAUCCUUGUUCAGAGUGCGACAAAUGCUUCUCUAGGAAGAGCCAGCUCAACAUACAUCAGAGGAUUCACACCAAUGAAAAGCCGUAUUCCUGUUCAGAUUGCGGGAAAUGUUUUGCCAGGAGGGAAGCCUUCAUUAGGCACCGGAGAAUCCACACUGGAGAGAAACCAUUUCUGUGUCCGGAAUGUGGGAAAUCUUUUACCCAGAGAACCCACCUUACUUUACACCAGAGAAGCCACACCGGGGUGAAGCCGUUCUCCUGCUCCGAAUGUGGCAAAUGUUUUUACUCGAAAUCAUCUUUGCUCACCCAUGAAAAAGUUCACACGGGGGAGAAACCAUUUUCUUGCUCAGAAUGCGGGAAAAGUUUUAUACAGAAAUCGGAUCUCACCAUGCACUGGAGGACUCAUACGGCCGAAAAACCCCAUUCUUGUUCGGAAUGUGGAAAAUGUUACAGGAAUAAAGCAGACCUUAUUAAACAUCAAAGCGGCCACGCGGGUGAGAAACCUUAUUUCUGCCUGGAGUGCGGGAAAUGUUUCUUGGAUAAGUCCAAUCUUACCAAACAUCAGAAUUCUCACAUGGGCGAGAAGCCAUAUUUCUGCCCGGAGUGCGGGAAAUGUUUUUCACGGAAGGCCCAUCUUUCUCAGCAUCAGAUAUGCCACACGGGUGAGAAGCCGUAUUCCUGCCCCGAAUGUGGGAAAUGUUAUUCGUCACAAAAAUCCACGCUUCUCAUACAUCAAAAAUAUCAUGCAGCAGAGAAGCCACAUUCCUGCCCUGAGUGCGGGAAAUGUUUUGUGCGGAAACCAGAUCUUGAUAUACACCGGAGGACUCACACAGGGGAGAAGCCGUAUUCCUGUUCUGAGUGUGGGAAAUGUUUUUCACAGAGGGGCCAUCUUUUAAGACAUCACAGUUCCCACACAAACUCUUGA